AUGGCUGGACACCAGAAGGAGAAGGCGAUCGCAGAUGAGGUCCACCAGAACCAGAUCCUGCGGGAAUUGUACCUCAAAGAGUUACGAACCCAGAAACUCCACACGCAGUAUCAUGUGAAUCCACUCCGCAAGGUUCACACAAUCGCCAGAAAGCCCAUGUCUUGGCAUGAUAACCUGGAGGAACCUGCAGAUGCCAGGUUUCUAAAUCUUAUCCACCAUGCUGCCCAGGGACCAAGGAAGAAAUAUCCCGAGACACAGACUGAAAGUCAAGAGAUUGGAUGGGACUCAGAGCCCUUGGUCAACCCGCAACGCAAUGACCACAGGCUGAACCACUUCAGGGUCUACAAUGACAUCACUCUGUACAAGGCUAAAAUGUGGAGCUUGGGAGAUGAUCACCACAAAUAG